AUGCUAUCAGUGGACCACAACAGACCAUCAUCAUACGAGCAGUAUCAGCGACAGCAGCAACAGCAGCAGUACAGCAACAACUACUCGCAUCAUCCUCACCACGACUUCACCUUUGGUCAGGACAACAGCAGCAACCACAGCUCCGACUUCACCUUUUCGUCGCCCAUCUUCCCCUCCGUCGAGCUCUCCUCGUCCAACCUCGAGACGCUGGACGCCGCCAUCGUCAACGCCUUCUCGCCCGACUCGAUGCGGCCCGACUCCUGGGAAGCCGCCGCAAGGUUCUCGACUCCCAAGUUUGGCCGCCUAGCCCACCAGCGCGAGUCCUCGCUGUCGUCGUUGGGAUCGACAGGGCCGGCGUCGCCCUUCAAUUCGCACAUUGCGAACCCCCAGAUUGCAGUCACCGACGCCAAUGGUGACGGCUUCAUGGACAUCCACUCCAGCGACAUCAGCCUGAGCUCCGCCAGCCCCAGCUACUACCAGCUGGCAAAGACCAUGGCGCCCUACUCAAAUUUUCACCACAUGGAGCACUCGCCCGUCGAGAUGGCUUAUCCCGUCAUCCAGGGCCCUGGUGCCGGCCACCACAAGCUGCGCCAGGAUCGCAACCUGCUCCCGGCGCCCGACUUUGCCAAUGGCCUCACCCGAUCACAUCCCGCCUCCGUGGCAAGCUCAAUAGCGGGAGACUCGCCCGCCACGCCCAUCACUGGAGACAUGGAUAUGUCUGAUAGAAGAAGGCAGCAAGGUAAACAAGACCCCGUCCUGGUGGAUGACGAAGAGCAACCAGAAGACUCAUGCUUUACAACAGGUCACGCAAACGCCAACGUCCCCAAGCUGGGCCGCACAAUGACCGACGUCUACGGCGACGAGCUGUACAACCCAAACUUCACCAUCACCUCCUCGCCGCAGCAGAGCCAGGUCACUGCUGCGCCCAACGACGUCUUCAACCAGCGCAUCAAUGCCGCCAAUAGCCAGCACCUCAACACCGUUCACCACUCGCCUACCUCGAGCAUCUCUCGAGACAUGUCCCCCUUUCGCCACGGCUCUCCACUUGCCCCUUCGCCACUGCACGACUGGGCUGCCUCACACGGCGGCAUGGCCAUGAAUGCCCAGCCUCAUAUGCCCAGCCAGGACCGCGGCCACCACGAUGCCCAGUUCUUCCAGCAGCAGAUGGCCAAGACAACACAGCCCGCCACGCCCCAGACCAUCUCGCCCAAGGAUGCCGUUCUCGAGUUCAAUGAGUCAUCAGAGGAGCCCAACAUGCCUCUGUUUUCUCACCAGCCCAUCAACUUUGGAAUGGACCACAUGGGCAGGAUACUUCCCGACAAUGGGGCUGCAGUUUCCGGCGGCUACGGCCAGGGGGACAACGCAAGCCACCACAACAUGCACCACGUACCAUCGCAGCACGCGGGCAUUGCGCAGGUGCCACAGCGAUAUCCGUUUGUUGCUUAUCCACCAACAACCGGCGACGUAUCAGCCUCCCAGUUGAGCUCGGCUGACUCCAAUACAUCCGGAUCGGCCGCUUACAGCACUCCCGUCCCGCAGAGUCGCCCCGCCGGCGCCAACGCCGAUGGAGGCACCUACACUUGCACAUAUCACGGAUGCACGCUACGAUUCGAGACGCCUAGUCUACUCCAGAAGCACAAGCGCGAGGGACAUAGGCAGUCGCACGCGCUGGGCGGUGCUCGUCAGCAGCAGCAGCAGCAGCAGCACCACGAACACAGCGGCAUGACUUCCAGCCUGCUCAACAGCCAAGCCGGACCUCACCGGUGCGAUCGCAUCAACCCCAGCACCGGCAAGCCCUGCAACACCAUCUUCUCGCGACCGUACGACUUGACCCGGCAUGAGGACACGAUCCACAACGCCAAGAAGCAAAAGGUGCACUGUAACCUGUGUACGGAGGAGAAGACCUUUAGCCGUGCUGAUGCACUGACGAGACACUACCGGGUGUGCCAUCCCGAUGUCGAGCUCCCUGGCAAGCACCGACGACGCGGUGGAGCUUAG